AUGGAGCUUUAUGGUGAGGUGAACUACGACGAAAUGUUAAAUUACUUCCAUACUCGACUGCGUAACGUCAUUUUGUUUCAGGGUUGGGAGACUUACAACGCUCCAGAUGUGGUGCUUGCUUGUGUGUUUGCCUUUGUUGUAGCUAUAAUAUUUGAAGUUGUACAGAGCGUGAAGGAAUGUUAUGCCAAGAAGUGCUACAAGUGGAAGCUUAUUGAACGAACAGAGCGUUUUAAAGAUGAAUCGAACGAUUAUGGAGGAGUAGACAGAGCACAAACUGAAAGUACAAAAGCAUGUUCGAGUCCAUUCACGAGGUCUAACCUGAUUAAAACAAUCCUCUACACGAUCCACAGCAGUCUGGGCAUUCUCAUUAUGUUAAUUUACAUGACUUUCAAUACCUACUUGUGCCUGGCAAUCAUCUUGGGGAAGGCUGUGGGAUUUUUUUUUCUAAACGACACUGAUUUCUACUAA